UGACAGGUCAGGAUACAGAGCUGUUAAUCAGCUGCUAUCUCUUCACGUCUCCAUCAGGAUGUCAGCUAUGCAUUGGGAGGCCAGACGGCGUCAGAAUGCUCUGGACCGCAGGAUGGCCAGAGACAAACAGCAGCUGCUGCAGACGGGUUCUGAGACCAGCCGCAAUGCAACUGAAUCAAACACAACACAAGAGCAAACAGCUGGAGGCCAGUGCCCCCACUGUAAGAAAGACCUGAUGACGCCUGUGCAUCACAGUGCCAAGAUCCCCAACAGGUACUCAUCUUUACAGUACGCCCAGCAAUGGUGAGGACGACGAGGAACUGCGCUGAAUCACCGCACCGAGUCUGGAUGCUCUGAACAGCAGCUCUGCGUUUGCUUUUGUCAAAACUGCAUCAGUGUGAGAUUGCUGUUGGUUUAAUAAUAAGUUAAUGGGACAAAUGUGACUUAAAACAUGUCUCUUUUUUAAGCACUACUGAGCUCAUGGUCAUCUGGAAAAUGUGUCCUUUUUAAUAGGUAAUUUCUCAGUGAGACCUUCAUACCGUACAGUGAGCCAGUAAUAAGUAAAGUCAAAUAUCCU